CAGUGUAGAUCUGUUUGUGUUCUAUGUGUGUGUUCUACGAUGGAUUGGUGUAAUCGUCUCUUGUUAUCAAGUGCUGGCUUCUGUCUCUUUUUAAGUCUGUUGGCUCAAGGUCAAGAUAUUGAGGAUAUUCAACAAAAGGAUGACAAACCAAUCAAUCAUCUGAACCCAAAUACUCAAAUGCCUAAAAAUACUGAAGAUGUUCAUGUCCCAGAAAUUGUUCAGUACAAGACUGCGGAGAUUGCAGAUGCAAUGCAGAGUUCAGACAUUUUAACUAAUCCUUCUGUACUGUUCUCCAUGGUACCAAAAGUGAUGAAGGAUAGACUUGUUUCAGAAGCAGUUUGUGAAAAAACAAUAGAUAGUAAAGAUUGCAAUACCCAUCAAAGUCUGAUAGAUGUGGCACAUGAUUUUGCUGAUACUCAUAAUAAAGCAAGCGUUCAUAGUGCUGAAUCUGAUGCAGAGACAUUAAAGACAGAUGAAUCCAAUACCACAGACAGCAGCAAGCCUUUGAAAGUUGUAUGUGAGGAGCGUAACAUUACUGGGCUUGAGAAUUUUACACUCCAGAUACUCAAUGUUUCACAGGACCUGAUGGAGUUUUUGAAUCCUAAUAGCACAGAAUGCACCCUGGUAUUGUUCUAUACCCCUUGGUGUCGUUUUUCUGCAGGACUGGCGCCGCACUUUAAUUCCCUACCAAGAGCCUUUCCUAUGCUACAUUUUUUGGCACUUGAUGCUACACAACACAGCAGUCUGUCUACUCGAUUUGGUACUGUAGCAGUUCCUAAUAUCCUAUUGUUUCAAGGUGCCAAGCCUAUGGCCAGAUUUAAUCACAGUGAAAGGACUCUAGAGACUCUAAAAUCAUUUAUAUUUAACCAAUCAGGAAUUCAGGCUAAAACUGAUGUGGCACUUACAGAAGCAGAUUAUGAAGGCCCCUUGCCCAGUGUUCCACUUGGAGGAAUAGACUGGCUGCUGGCCUUCUCAUUGCUGUAUGUGACAGUCUUCAUAUUAUAUGCAACAAUGCAGACUGAAAGUAUUCGAUGGCUUAUACCUGGCCAGGAGCAUGAACACCAGGAGUAAACUGACUUUUUUCAAUCAUCUGGAAGCUGAAAUUCAAAUUUGUUUUCCUAAGGAAACUACACUAGUUUGUGUGUAUGGAUGUUUCCUCUUGCAGCUUUGUAUUAAUGUAUAUUGUACAUAAAAUAGACCGAUUGGUUUGGACUCCGAAAUAUAAUUUUAUUGAUUUAUACAUACAUGUUUUUUUUGUCUGAAUGUUUCCAAUUUUGCUACUAAAAAUAGAGCUAAUUUCUACACUUCAUGUUUUCCUUUACCAUUCUGUUAAUCUUUAAAGCGGCACUGUAACCAUCUGGGGACUUCACCCACCACUGGUGGUACGGUGUCCGGAGGGGGGGAGAAGGUGAGAUUUACUUACCUGAACCUGUCCUCUGUGGGUGCUGCCAUUUUAUUUCCUAGACGGUCCUCUUCUGCUCCUGACGCUUCAGCAUUAAGGUCUAUGGAGGAUCCGGCUAAUAUAUCUGCAGCCAUCACUGGUGACUUUGAGUGGGGUGCUGGAGGAAGGAGAGUGCUGCUUUAAAUGAAAAGCUUUAAAAACCUUUUCUUGGGGGGAACAUUUUUUACUUGAAAUUGCUAUUAUUUUUUUCUAUUUAUCUCUCUGUCUUUAACUAUUUCUGUCUCACUUUGCUAUGUUCUUUCCUCAAAAAGGAAGCAUAGAAAAUGCACAACUGAACACUCACCACUUAAGCAAAGAGGCUUCUCAGUGAGAAGUCUCUGAUUGGUGUAUUUGCCAUGCGUGUGGGAGUAUAUCUACUAAACUGAUACAUUUUCAAUUUAGUGUUCCUUUAAUUGUUUCCUGGGCUACAUGAGCAGUGAGACUCAAGCUCAAAAUUAAAGGAACACUAUAGUGUUAGGAAUACAAAAGCACUGUGGGGCUAUCGUGCAUCCUAGAGAUGCAUGGAAUUAGUACAUCUCAUGUGGACCACUCAGCGCUUCCAUGCCGAGCAUGGAGACGCUGGGCGUGAGUACUGCACAUUGUGCAGCACUGACCCAGGAAGCACCUCUAGUGGUCGUCUGAGUGACUGCUACCAGAGGUGUUACUAGGCAGUAAUGUAAACACAGCAUUUUCUCUGAAAAGCCUUUAGGGACAUGCUAUACACACACCAGAUCAACUACAUUAAGCUGUUCUUCUGGUGAGUAUAGUGUCCCAUUAUCUUAGUAAAUGAGCAGUGGAAUAAAACCUGAUUUUGAGAGAAAACGAGUGAGUCCAAAUCUGAGAUGUGAACAGAUUGUAAAUGCAGUUAAAAGUAUGGAUGGUUGCUAAAUUUCAAAUAUUUAAAGGAGGGAGAGGCAGAAUAGGGGUUAUGGGUUUGUCAUUAACGUGGAAAUGAAAGUGGAAAUAACUUUGAAAUAAGUCACACAAGUAUCUUUUGUUUAGUGGCUUUUAAUUUUGUGCAGAAUUACGGCAGAUUAAAAAUGAAUUUCCUUUUAAAGUGCACUCAUACUCAAAAUGGGCUAAAUGAACCCAGAUAUGUUUAAUAAUUAAGUUAUUGGGUGGAAGCCUGAGAUUGUACAUCGAAAUAUGAUUUUUCUUUACAAGAAUGCUGCCAUGACAAUGUGUAUUUAAAUAUUGAGUUGCAAAGAGCACUGUAUUUUUUUGACAAAAAUAGUUUGUCCUCUCUUGUACUUACUUGCUAACAAAUGGUGUAACUUUUUUCAUCCAUGUUUAAAACUAGAGUUUCAUUUAA